UGCACCACUUCACAAAUCCAUUCUUGAUUAACCCCUUUUCGACACACAUCCAUUUUUCAUCCAUCUCUCUCUUCGAUCGCCUUAAUCGACCAAGUUUUCUUUUCUUUUUUUCUUAUGUAUCUUGAUCGAGCAAAUUGAAGAUAUCUCCACAUCGGGCUCCUCGAAUUCUUCUCCAAUGAAUCUAAACUCUUUGCCACACGAUUUUCUUGGCAAUGAUCAAGGUCAUCAUCAACAUCUUUGCGAUCCUUCGCAAUCUUGUGUCCAAUUUCGUAUGUUCUUCAAUUCAGCUCACGAUCACUUGGGAAGCUACGAACAUCGCGAGUCCCUCCUCCAUCCCAACUACAUAUCGGAUGAACACCAUGGCUACAAUCAAAGCGGAUCAAGUGCCCGCGAAAUCAAGAGUGACGCCGAGAGUGGCCUCAAACUAACUCUUUGGAAAAGCGAGGAUUGCGUAGACAAUGAUCAAGGCAUCCCGGACCGAAGAACAGAAGAAAACCCCAAGUGGAUGUCUUCGAAGAUGAGAGUGAUGCAGAAGAUGAAGAACACUCAGAACCACAGCCCUUCGAAGAUUAUUACCACCGGAGAAAGCAUCGAGGAUCACAAAUUUCAGUCGUCGACGGAUCAUUCGAGCAGCAACAAUUCAUCUUCUUACAACCACAGCCCAAUUAGGGUUUGUUCAGACUGCAACACAACCAAGACCCCUCUCUGGAGAAGUGGUCCUAAUGGCCCUAAGUCUCUGUGCAAUGCCUGUGGGAUUAGGCAAAGGAAGGCCCGGCGAGCAUUGGCGGCAGCAGCUGCAGCCGCCGCCGAUCAACCACCAGCAAUGAAGAUCAAAGUGCAGCACAAGGAAAACAUAGGGAAAAUUAAAGGGCAAGUGAAGAAGCGUCGAAAGAAUUCAUCAUCGGCUACCACCGGUAAUCAUCAAGAGCGAUCAGCGGCGAACAGCGUGCAAAAGAAGCUCCGGUUCGAGGAUUUCUUGAUAAAUCUGAGCAAGAAACUGUCGUUCCACCGGAAGUUUCCGGAAGACGAGAAGGAUGCAGCAAUCCUACUCAUGGCUAUAUCUUCUGGCCUGGUUCAUGGCUGAUCAGUUCUUAUCAUUUUAGCUUUGGUUUAAUCUCAUUUUGUUUAUGGGAUAGUUAAUUAAUUGCAGGUUUUUGUGUGACAAGCUUCUUUGCUUUAUUUAUUUUUUUCUCCAAUCUUUUUUAUUGCAUCGCCAUGUAUGUGAGCGAUCAAGUGAGUGACUAUUGUUGUUUGGUAAUAAUUAAGGAUAUGAAAGGAUAGUUUUUGAUGGA